AGGUCGCAUAAGAAGAGCAGCCGUCCCCGCGCUUGCGCCUUCACAGUCUUCACACUAAAAAUCUUCAAAAUGGUUGUAGGAUCCGUUCUCGUCACUGGUGGUACCGGCUACAUUGGCUCCUUCACAGCCCUCGCGCUUCUUGAGGCAGAUUACAAGGUCGUCAUCGUCGACAACCUGUACAACUCUUCGCCAGAAGUCGUAAACCGCAUCGAGCUCAUUUGCGGCAAGCGACCAGCCUUUUACCAAUGCGACGUCACAGAUGAGGCAGCGCUCGACAAAGUCUUCGAGGAGAACCCGGAUAUCGACAAUGUCAUUCACUUUGCCGCUCUCAAGGCCGUUGGAGAGUCUGGUGAAAUCCCCCUUACAUACUACCGCGUCAACGUCGGCGGCUCCAUCGCGCUCCUCUCCUCCAUGGUGAAGCACAAUGUCACAAAUAUUGUCUUCUCGUCAUCUGCAACCGUUUAUGGUGACGCGACGCGCGUCCCCAACAUGAUCCCGAUCCCCGAACAUUGCCCCAUCGGCCCGACAAACGUCUACGGGCGCACAAAGUCGACCAUCGAGGGCGCAAUCACAGAUACAAUCGAGGCGGAGCGCAACAACGCCAAGAAGGCAGGCAAAGACGAAAAGGACAUCAAGAAGUGGAAUGCGGCUCUGCUGAGGUACUUCAACCCAGCUGGCGCGCAUCCCAGCGGCAUCAUGGGCGAAAACCCAUUGGGUGUACCGUACAAUCUGCUACCCUUGUUGGCGCAAGUUGCGAUCGGCAAGCGCGAGAAGCUUUUGGUAUUUGGCGAUGAUUACAAGAGCAAGGAUGGCACGGCGAUCCGCGAUUACAUUCACGUGCUCGACCUUGCGCGAGGCCAUCUCCAAGCACUCAACUACCUCCGCGACCAACAACCCGGUGUCAAAGCCUGGAACCUGGGUACCGGCAAGGGCUCCACCGUCUUUGAAAUGAUCAAGGCUUUCAGCAACGUCGUCGGUCGCGAUCUCCCGUAUGAAGUCGCUCCACGGAGACAGGGCGAUGUCCUCGACCUCACUGCUAACCCUACACUGGCCAACAAGGAACUCAACUGGAAGACAGAGUUCACCUUGGAAGACGCGUGUGCUGAUCUGUGGAAGUGGACAGAGAACAACCCAGAAGGCUAUGACCAGCAGCCACCAAAGGAGUUUGUCGACGCGCUGAAGAGCAAGAAGGCUUGAAAAGAAGGAUGCGUAGGGUAGAAGUAAUGAGUGUUGCGAAACAUCGCCGCUAGUGAUCUGUGACAGCCAUCAUGGACAGCAUCGGUCACACAUUUCUUUCAAAGGUUUGGACUAAAAGCUGCAUGCUUAGAGUAGUAUGUGUUUGAACUAGAAUCGAAUUGGAGGUUACUACAUGCAAA